AUGAUGUUGCCAAUCAAUGUUUUAGCACUUGCACUGUUAGCCCCAGGGGCUAUCUCGACGCCUCUGCAGCCCGGGCGCCGCCAAACUAGCCUCAGCAGCUUCAUCCAAUCAGAAUCCUCCGUUGCCCUACAAGGUGUGCUGGACAACAUCGGCGCCAAUGGAAGCAAAGUAUCUGGCGCCUCAUCUGGAAUUGUGGUGGCGUCGCCAUCCAAAGUGAACCCUGAUUACUUUUACACUUGGACGCGAGAUGGUGCCUUGACCCUGAAAGCUUUGAUUGAUGCAUUUAUUGCUGGAGAUAGUUCAUUGGAAUCCACCAUUCAGGAGUACAUUGAUGCUCAAGCCAAACUGCAAGCUGUGUCUAACCCAUCUGGUGAUCUAUCUGAUGGAUCCGGACUUGGAGAGCCCAAGUUCGAAGUGAAUAUUACUGCUUUCACUGGUGACUGGGGUCGUCCCCAGCGCGAUGGACCAGCUCUACGAGCCACUGCUCUUAUCGCCUACGGCAACCAUCUGGUGUCAGCUGGAGAGACAUCUACAGUUAAAUCCAACAUUUGGCCUAUUGUGCAGAAUGAUUUGAACUAUGUUGCACAGUACUGGAAUCAGACUGGAUUUGAUCUUUGGGAGGAGAUUGAGGGCUCUUCCUUCUUCACCAUCGCUGCUCAACACCGUGCCUUGGUGGAAGGAAGUGCAUUUGCCUCUAGCCUCGAUGAAACCUGCGCUGGUUGCGAUUCACAGGCCCCUCAAGUUUUGUGUUUCCUCCAGGAUUUCUGGAAUGGUACCGCUGUCAUUUCUAACUUGGCAAAUGACGGUCGCUCCGGCCUGGACGCAAAUUCCUUGAUUAGCACAAUCCAAACCUUCGACCCCGAAGCCGCCUGCGACGAUACGACCUUCCAGCCUUGCUCCGAGCGUGCACUGUCGAACCACAAGCUGGUUGUCGACUCCUUCCGCUCGAUCUAUAGUAUCAACAGUGGUAAAUCUGCCGGCAGCGCUGUUGCGAUCGGAAGAUACGCCGAAGAUACUUACCAGGGAGGCAAUCCAUGGUAUUUGGCCACUCUGGCUGCGGCCGAGCAACUAUACGAUGCUCUUUACCAGUGGGAUAAGCAGGGAACGCUGUCGAUCGGCCAGACCAGUCUGCCAUUCUUCCAGGCUCUGGACUCUUCGACUGCCACUGGAAAUUACUCCAGCUCUUCUUCCACAUACUCCUCUCUUACCAGUGCCGUGAAAACUUAUGCUGAUGGCUUUGUGUCGAUUGUCCAACAAUACACUCCCAGUAACGGAUCUUUGGCAGAGCAGUUUACCCGAGACGAUGGCACACCGACUUCUGCUGGCGAUCUGACUUGGUCUUAUGCUGCAUUUUUGACAGCUGGUGAUCGUCGGAGUGGAACAGUGCCUAGCAGCUGGGGAUCUUCCACUGCUAACGAAGUUCCAUCUCAGUGCUCUGGUAGCUCUGCGACUGGCAGCUAUUCGACACCAUCAGUUGGAAGUUGGUAA